AUGGAUUGGGACCCGUUUAAUCGAAGAAAACAAAACACUCCUACAGAGGCCAAUCCGUCUCUGAACUUGAGAAGAAUCAAGCGUGACAUUACCACGAUACUCAACGACCCACCUCGAGGAGUCACUGCAGUAGUUGACGAGGACGACAUGAACUACCUCCAUUGUUUGAUCAAAGGCACUGAAAACACCCCUUACGACGGGGGUUUCUUCUACUUUAUCGUCUUUUUCCCUCCGAACUACCCUUUUGAACCUCCGAAAGUGAAGUUGAUGACCACGGGUGGAGGAACAGUCAGAUUCAACCCCAACCUCUACAGCAGUGGUAAAGUCUGCCUCAGCAUCUUAGGUACGUGGAGUGGUCCAGGGUGGACUCCCGCUCAGAAUAUAUCAAGCGUUCUCGUCACCAUCCAGAGUAUCAUGAACGAGAAUCCGUUGUACAACGAGCCCGGGUACCGACAGGACAAACACCCAAGGGAAGCGGACAAGUACAACGUAUACAUACAAUAUGUAACCUUCAGAGUCGCAGUUGUAGGAAUGUUGGACAACGACUACUCAAUCAACCUUCCACAACACCUACGUCAAGUUAUGGAGAAGGACUUUCUCAACAACUAUGAGUUAUAUGACAGCACAGUCACACAAAGAUGCUGUCAUAAUGGAAUGUUAGAAUGUCGCUUUAUUCGCAACUCAGUAAAUAUUAACUACAACAAGAUAAAACGUAGAAUGAAGAAUAUUCGUGAAAGACUUAAUGUUAAGUACGCUGUGAGCAUUGCUGUGUAUAAAAAUCCAGAAAUCAUAGUUAUAGAUGAUUCUGACUAACUAUUAAAAACUUUGUGUGAAUAAAGGCUAAUGAAAAUUGAAACUUUUGCAAAUACCCACUAGAGAUUAUGUAUUUUUGUGUUUUAUCAU